AUUUCAACUUAUCAAAUUUGCACUCAACCUCCGCCACCCAUUUUACGAAUACAUGCACCAUGGAUGAUCAGCUGUCGAACAUACGAACCCUUAUACAAGACUCUCUGGAUGAUAUUUUGUCCCCUCGUACGGCUUAUGCGAGUAAAACGGCUGCCUUGCAACGCCUAGAGUGUCAACUGUCGAUCUGUGCUCAAAAGAAAUCAGAAAUCCUUGACUUUUUCGUGGCUCUACAGCACAUGUUUGAAUGUAAUAUACCGCUCAGGUUAAUGCCUUGGAUAGCAGAAGUUUCAGCUAAACUUGAAACCCUCUUAAAUAGGGGAACACCUGACGACAGUGACAGCACCCAAAUAUCACAACUGUUGGACCAACUCUCACUUUCCUUGUCUCUUAUUCAAGGUAUUGUCAUGCUGCACCCUGCCAGCAAAACGUAUCUUGGUCGGAAAUAUCCCAUAGAGAUACUCAUUGAUCUACUCUUGACUUCACGCCAUGCACCUUGUCCAUCUGACCCAAACCCGUCCGGCUCACUUUUCAAAACCCGAGAAUCACAGGCGCCACUGUCAUCCAUUGUCAUGGAUGCCCUCCUCUGUAUCCUAGUUGAUUCUUCUGCCACUCUGCGCUCGUUUGAAGAGUGCAGUGGAGUACAGGCUAUCGUCAAAAUUCUCAAACGCGCUGGAACUCCUCGUGAAGUUAGAAUGAAAUGCUUGGAAUUUUUGUAUUUCUACCUGCUCGACGAGAGUCCUUCUGCAGAAACUGAUGUUUUGAAGCAUCCACCCUCCGUGCCGCUCAUCGCCACUGCUCCGGCGACAUCUGUUGCUACGACGUCCUUGCGACCGAAGAAACCAUACAUCAAUGUGACGCCAGCGCGUCCGAUAUCACGUUACGGCUCCUCCACUUACUCCUUCUCAUCUGGUUCUGGGAGCGUAGCAUCUACCUCUCAAUCUGGGUUCACAACGAGCUCUGGAAGCACAACCCUCUCUGCGAGCUCCAGCACCUUCUGUUCAGGUCAAACGUCGCGGUCAACGUCGGCUAGCUCUGCUAAAUCCUUUUCAUCAACGUCGUCUGUUGCCUCAGCCUUGACUGCUGCGUCUUCUAUACAGUCAUCUCCAACAAAGACGACGGCAGAUCCUUUGCCAAAACCAAAAACACCGGUCAAUGCCCCUUCACCGGUGUUCAAGCCGAAGCCUCUGCAAAUGUUGCAGCGGGACCUUGACUUCGUACCGGAGAGUCCGCAAAGGUCCACAGCGAGCUCAGUUGCAAACACAAGCCUCUUGCGACCUCAUCCCGGGAAAAGUGUGUCUCAAACAAGUACAAGAUCCCGAUUGGGAUCUGCCUUUGUCCUUAACACGAGUCCAAAUGCGACGGGGGUCACAGAAAAGGUUCGGACGACUGAGGAAAAGAAGGCAAUUCUUGGUACAAUGCUGGGGAAUGUAAAUGCGUUGGUUGAAGGUGUUCGGAAGGCGGGUGUCUGGGGACUGGGUUAGAUGUCGUUUAGAUAUACUUACCGUAUUUGAGAUACCCCUUCACCCGGAAUAAUUCAUGGACAGGAAAACACUGCAG